AAAAAAAAAUCCAAACUUUGCAGGCAGCUCUGUCGCAACGCAGGCGCCUCGUUUCACACGGAGAAUCUUAUUGGUUCGUGCGAUUAUUGUUGUUGUUUUUUUCCCUUCUGCUUCACUGUAGAUAAAGUCUACCAAGAGUUCUCUCACGAUCUUAAUCUAAUUGAUUUAUAUAGAUCUAUAUAGACCUAGAUACAACCUAGAUCUUAAGAAAACAAACCGUGAUUUCUUAUGGGAAUAGUGGUAACUUGGAUUAUACGCCUUUGAUAGUGACGUAGGUGGACCUACUGUAGCCUGCAAAGUUUCGGAAAAUAAAACAGAAAGACUGUUGUCGGUGGAUCUGUUAAUGGACGCGUAAGCAAUUCUUUUAGUUGAGCUUUUGUGCAUAACAACUACAGAGGUCUGUGCGGUAUGAUUGCAGUGUUCCAUUGACCAAAGCUAUACAAAUAAUAAAGUCAAGCUCUAUGAAUGGAAAAAAAAAUUAAACAGCCCAAAAGCAGCAUAAAGAACAAAAACUUGUUCCCUAAAAAUGUGAACCUGGGAGAAGGUCAUAUACUGUGCAAAAUCUGUGGUGACAAAGCCUCUGGAUUUCACUAUGGAGUCUUUUCCUGUGAAGGUUGUAAGGGAUUUUUCCGACGUACCAUACGUCACCAACUCACAUAUAAACCCUGUGAUACGCCAAGUCAGUGCCUUAUAAUGCGAAUCAGUCGAAACCGGUGCCAGUACUGUAGAUUACAGAAAUGUAUUUCCUUGGGGAUGUCCCAUGAAGCUGUUAGACUAGGGAGAUGUCCCAAGAAAUCUAGGCCAUCAAGUAACAGCUUCUUUCGAUUGCCACAGACACAGCAAGGUCAUGUUGAUCUGGACAGACAGUUAAAGACAGAACAAAUGGUGUUGUAUGUCCAUGAAGCCUACAAGUAUUCAAUAAAACUGUUUGAAGAGUGCCAGCCAUUUAGCAAUAGAUGUGAUGAGAUUCUGAGAUGUGAUCAUACAAAUUUCCCCACAAUUUUUUUUACACAAUAUGUUCCCUCCAUCGUCAUGUUCAUUACCACACUUGCCAAAAAGAUUCCUCAGUUCCUGGAUGUUAGUCAAGAAGACCAGAGAGCUUUAAUAAAAGGUUCCAUUCUAGAGAUUGCUUUUCUAUAUGAUGCAACACAUGUCAAGCUGAUCCAAGACUGGUGGACAAAUACAAAGUUGAAAUUUUCUAUAUCACGCUCACAUUUAGAACAAAUGUCUUUCAUUGGUAAAAUUAUUGAAAAGUUCUGGAGUCUAAUGGAAAAAGUUCAUAAAAUGGCUUUAACAGAUGUUGAGAUGUCUUUAAUCUGUGCCCUGUUAAUCUUUAGUCCAGAUCGGGAAGGUUUGACAACCAUCAGGUACUUAGAAAAUUUGGAAACAGAACUGGCAAUGGCAUUAAAAUGCCAGUUGAUCCUAAACCACAGUGACCUCCCUUACAUCUUUGUUCACCUCAUCGAUAUUAUUAUUGAACUCAGAGGUGUCUCAGCUCUCUACCUCGAGGCUGUACUGGAAUCUAAGGUGGAUAAGUCCACCCCUUCACUUUCUAAUAUUUAUGCUGAGACUGAGGAGGAAACAGAAACUGCCUUUAAAAGCCCAUUUUUUGGCCAAGCCAAUCUGAUCAGGACAUAAGGAAUCAUUGUGUGGAAAAAAAACAAGUUGUGUAUUUUUGUGGCCUUUGGUUAUGCAGCAUUUUUUUUGUUUUUGUUUCAAAAAAAAAUUAUCAUGGGUAUUUCUUGUGUUGUAUGUGAGAAUAGUUGUAACAGAAUAUGUUUUGAUGCAUUCAACUAAAUGAAUGAAUACUUUUCAUGAAGCGGGUAUAAAACUGAUCUUAAAAAAAAAUGUUUGGCUUUUAACAUAAGCCUUUCAACCCUACAUAGAACAUAAACUGCAUUUCGAUGUUCACCUCUAUACAUGAUGAAGCUCAGACUGAUUAUCAAUGUCACCUCACCUUCAAAAUAAUAGAAGUUUUGUUAGAACUUUAAACCUGUCACAUUUCAAUUAAUCGCCAAAAUUCAGUCUACCAUCUAAUUCAGUGCUGCACAAACUAUGGCCCAUGGGCCAUAACCUACCUUAAAAACUUAUGUGCACGAUGCAUAUAAAAGACAUAGACAUAGAGAAUCAAUUCCAUAAAACAACUUGAUUUUUGUCUAUAACGUGGCUAAGGACACUUGUUAAAACUUCAUAUGAAAUGGCCCCCAUGCCAAAAAAGGUUGUGCAUCACCGACCUAUAUAUUUGUGCCUCAUUAAUUGAUCUUUAUUAAUAGCUUCUAAAAUAUGUUUUUGUUCAAUCUGUUAAGUUAUGUUGCAACUAAUUAUAUUUGAAAAAAGACAUGAACGAAAUGAAAACAAGUCAACUUUUAUGAAUGUGAAAUGUUUACCUAUUAUAUUUUGUGAGUCUUUAUUUGUUAUUUUUUAAUAUAUGAAAUAAUUGGUAAUUUUGUUUCAAGGUAAUUGCUAAUUUUGCUAGGCCCUUUAAAAGAACUGUAGCUCUUAGACCAGAGGCAGCCUUAUGGGGUUGCAAGUGGGGCUACCGUCCCAGGCCCUGUAGCUGAGAUGGGGCCUAUUAUAUGGAGAUUGUUUAUCGCCAUCUGCCUAUCAAACAAAAAUUGCAUCUUAUCUAAUGUACCAUAUUAAUACACAAUUUGUUAAUUUAAAAAAAAAACAACAGUCGACCUAACAUACACCUUUUAGGCAUUGUUGAAGCUUUUCUAAAAUUUAUAAAUAUUGCCAUCACAGUGAAAGCUUUCAGCAUAAUUUGCUUUAAAUUUAGGCAUGUGACAUUCGCCCAGGCCCUGCAAACAACUAAGACUGCCUCUGCCUAGACUCUGAAUAAGUUUAAGAUUUCACCAAAACAUCUCGUAUUUUCAGUGCUAAAUUUAUCUAAAGGCUAUAUAAGCUAUAGCUUAGGGCCCCCACUUGCUUAGUGUCCCCAAAAAAUGGUCGCAGGGAUAUUUUCAAUAAUUUUGGAGAAAUAGCAAACAAUUAAUUUACCUAUCUUUCCAUUCUGUCCAUUCGUUGUCUUUUUUUUCAUUUACUGACUGCAACAUUCACUAACAUUCCCCUACUUUAUAGCUAAAAAUACAAAUACAACAGGAGAAAUUCAUUACAAAAAAUUUUAGUGCAAUUACAUUAGGAUCUAGCUGAAUAAAAAUUUGGCUAAGAACAUGCGUACUUAAUUUAAAUUUAAGUCUAUAGACACCAAUUUAUAGCAAACAAAAUUUAUCUAAACUGUUAUACUUUGGUUGGUCUGCAUUUGAUGACAGAUGAAAGUAAAAAUACCAUCAAGUUAUAUAUAGAGAAAAGAAAAUAUCUGAACCUCAAUGUAAUGCUAAAAUCCUAUUUCAAAGGUUCUAAAAAAAUGUGAAAACAAAUUUUCUUUAGAAAAUAUAAACAAAACAAAUAAAAAAUAAGAAGCCUACUUAGGCCACUAUUAAUUUCAUUGAUAAUUGUACAUGGGUGUGCCCUGGCAAUCUUUGGUUUUACAUAGAUCUUUUAUUUAAGCUUAUUGGGUUUUAGGGAAGUCUAUGGUCUAUGUGAACAAUUUUUUUUUUUUAAAUAUGAAUGUUAUUUAUCUCUGCCAUGUUUUUUGCUUACUCCAGGUAUAUACAUAGCAAGAAUUUUUUGUCUGAAUUAUUAAUGUCAUUAUGUUGGCUAGAAUGUUUCAGGCUCAACUCAGAUAUUAAAUCCAGUGUAUUUUGUUGUUCAAUAAAUAUAUAAAUUAAUUAAAACCAACAAGCAAACAUAACACCUUGGGGACAAUGAUUGUUUUAAAAAAAUAAAGAAGAUUAAACUUUUUAUUGUCUUAUUAUUUGAUGUGACAUGUUAUGACUAUUGUUGGUUGCCUAGUAUGUAUUUAUAUUAAAAUGUUUAACUUGCUAGAGUGUUCUCUUCUUUGCUAUUCUUUGAUAAGUUUUUGAGUUAAUUUUAUUUUAAUUCUAAGAGCAGUUGUGUGUUACAUUAUUUAUAUAACAGCAAUGUUUAAUAUUUGAAAAAGUUUUCUCUCUAACUAAAAUGCAGAUGUAAACUUUGUAGGUUUUUUUUCCUUCAAUGUUUUUCUUAUAUAUAUAUAUAUAUAUAAAAACAAGAAAAAUGUUUAUUCUGUUCAUUUUCUUUUUUAUUUAAAGCACACAAAAAAUGACUUGAUUGACCUAGGAACAUGCAUAGAACAUAAUCAUCUUCUUUUUUGAAGUAAUGUCUGUAUUUUAUAAGAUAAGAACAUCUCUUGAAUUUUACUUCUAAAAUAAAGUUGUUAAAUUUUUUGUUUCCCUUAUUGUGACAUUAUUGUAUCUGAAAAAAAAAAGGGGUUAAAAUUAUUUUCCACAUUAUGUGGAGAGAAAACAAUAUUACAUGCACAAUGAUUUCUCUAACAUUAUUUAGGGUAUCUGUUAAAUAGAUUAUGUAAAUAAGUGCAGAGCUCUAUAAUAAGAGGUUUCAUUGGUUUUAUCGUUACAGUCCUAAUGCCAAAGUUAAGUGGUGGAGUUUCUGGCUCUGAAAUGGUAGAGGUUUGGUUCACAUUGUAUAGUGUUACCAUCCUUCAAUCUCCCCCAGUAUGACCCAUUCUUUUACAUGGGGUAAUAGCUUCUCAUUCAUGUUAUGUAACCACCCAAUUUCAUGGUAAGAUAGCGGGAAUGGUGAAACCUGGAGUAAAUAAUUUAAUCCAUUAAUGUCAAAAGUUAUUUUCUGAUUUUGUACAUUUUUUUUUUUUUGAAUUUUUUUUAAAAGUUCAUUAGUGGUAGCAAUAGAGCACAAUUGUUUUAACAUGUUUAGUACUGGAAGAAAUUAUUAUAUACACAUGUUAGAAGUGAAGUGAAGCAUAAUCUAAGAAAAGUUAUAAAUGGAAACUUUUAAGGAGUAGCAUCUUUGGUAGUCUCACCUAGAAAUGGCUGUGAUUACUUGAUAAUAAAAUAAUCUGGCAAUGUAAUUCUACAACUUUGUAAAAUAUUCAUGAUUAUCUUUGGAAAUGUAAGCACAGUACCUAACUCCAAUAUCUUUUGUUACAACAAUGAAAGUACAGCAAGCCUUAACCCACGACUGAAUCAUUUCUUUUUUAACUGAUUUCCAUUCCAUCUUACAUUCCAUCAUAUGUCAGAACUACUAUUUGUUUGGCCCAGUGUUAAACACAGACACAGUAGCCUAAUCAACAAUGUGAUAUUUUACAAUAGCCUUAAAAUCUCUAAAAGUGCCAAGUGCUUGUUAUACUUAUGAUUCUAAAGCUGUAAUUUAAUUUUUUGUAAAUUAACUUAUUUGAUUGUGCAUUUUUCUAAAUUAAAAAGAAGACAAGAGCAAAGUCCCUUGACUUAUAAUUUGCAUAGUUAUUUUUGUAGCCAGAGUCACUAGAUGUUUUACACCCAACUAUGAACUGAAUUUCUUAUUCAUUUCACACUUCCAUCCCCUUUAAAAUGUUUUCCUUUCUCUUUUUUUUUAUUUACUCACCAUAAUAUUCACUAACACUCCCCUACUGUAGAGCUAAAAGUACCCCCUUUCAGGCCUUCCUAUCAAUAUGGCAGAUGAUGUAUAGAUCAUCUUUUUCUAUGGCCAAUGGUUAACGAGGAUGUCAUGUAGCCACCAGAAUGACCAACUGACUUCUACUUUUCCCUAAAAAAUCCUGAAAUUUUAAAGUCCCAGUCUUCAUCAAGAUUCUAACCCAUGACACCUCGGAUCAGUAGCCAAGCACUUUAUCACUCAGCCAUUAGGCCACCAUGUUCUACAUUUAUUACUGCCUAUCACAAAUUGCUUAGAGUGUGUUCUUUAUUUCAAUCUGCUUUAUCUGUUGUAUGUUUAGUUUCUAAAGAAGUUAGCUAUUCUGUUUAGGCUUAAUGCUGCUGGUUAUUGUUCUUUUGAUCCAUAAACAUUUUUUUGUUAUAUGCAUAAAUAUAAUGCUCCUAUGCAUAAUGUAAAAGUUUUAUUUUAUCUGACAGUGGUGGCACCGUGGACAGCUCAUUCAUUUAUUCAUUAAUGAUUCAAGGCUCAUUUCAAGAAGGGUAAGAUGAGAGCCUGGGCGUUGGCUAUGAUCAGAAUAGUGUCACCCCCACAACAACUCAUUCCUCUCUGUUCAUUGGUUGGGUCCAAAGGAACAGUAAUAGACAAUACAGUUUCUGGUCAGCAGGACUGCAGGGUCGCUCAUAGUGUAACAGUCUCCAAGGGUCCAGAUUUGUUCUCAAGGUUGACUCCAAAUGCAUUACCAUCGUCAGGGUUUAGCUGCAAGUAGCUUUGUGUUUACUGUUCUUUUUUUUUUUUUUUUUUUUUUUUUUUUUUUUUUUUUUUGAAAACCAAACGUAAUGUCAUGCUCUUCUCCUGUAGUUAACCAAGGAAGCAUGCCACUACUGUCAGAGUGGGAGAGUGAUGUCAAACAAGAUAUUUAUAAUUUAAUUGUGCAUUUUAUUUUUUUUUCUUUUGGAUUGAAUUAUAUAUUUAUAUAGGCUGUUUCAUUUCAACUUUGUUUUAUUUAUUUUUUUUCAAAAGAAACAUCGAAUUUCUUAUUCUUCAUAUCAGCCUGUGUUUAUUAUCACAUCAUAUUGAAGAUAUUUAUUUAUAAUUCACAAUUAUUUUUUGUCAUUAUUGUGAACAGAUGUUUUCCAUAUAUUGAACAAUGAUAUGUGAUCUUAUUAUGUUAUUGUUUUAUUGAAAAAAAAAAAAAAGAAUUCAUUUUAUUACUUUGCUCAAUAAAACUAUUUCAAGGUUGCCAAUCUGAUGACAUUCAUAUUACUGAAAAAUGUUUUAAAACUGCAGCAUCUUAAACUUUUUCAUGGCCACAUAUUUAUAAAAUUGAUUUAUGUUUUUAAUUGUAAUACUAGCAUGUUGUCAUUUCUGUCUUGCGUGGGAUAAAGACAUUUCGGAGAAUUGUCCACUAUGCAUUUAGAACAUUUGUUGUGAUCCUUUCUUUUUUCCAUAAAGCCUGUAGUUUGGGAAUUAUUGUACUGAAGGUGUUUUAAAAAAAAAUUAUCGUGAUGUUUGAAAAUGUUCUUUUUUUCUUUAAACUCUAUUCAUGCAAUUUGAUCUGACAUAUUUUUAAACAUUCUCUGCAACAUUCUGCUUGUCCUUAACCCUUAAAUUGCUAUUUUUUUUUACAAUAAGUGAAUACAUAAUGAAAUAACAAUCCUUGUGUUUAGAGGUUAAACUACCAUAUGCAUCUAAAGGGUUAAAAACAUUUUAUGGGCCUACAAUUGAUGAAAUUUAUAUGAGAUAUUAGAUUAUAAAUACUUUUAUUAAAGCGAUUCAAACUGUUUGUUUGGACACCAUUGUGAUAACUGGUAGGCGAAAGUGACACUAAUUGCUUUCUACAGAAAAAAAAUUUACUGGUAACAUUUCAAGAAAAAAAAAAAAAUGUUUAUAAAACAAAAAAAACACAAGAGACAAAUAAGUGUUACAUAAUCAUAAACAACAUAUAAAAUUAAAUAAAAAUCAGGUAUCAGUAUUUAUAUUAACAAUCAGUCCUUGUGCUAGUCUCUUGAGCUCCAGUUGUGGUCGUGCGGUUAUCGCGCUGGACUGUUGUUCAGAUUUAUCGAUGGUCCUGGGUUCAAACCCUGACCGCUCCCAUCCCCCAUCAUCCUGCGGGAGAUUUGGACUAGGAAGUAAUUAUCUUCAACUCUGAAGGAACAUCAGAAACAUGUAAAACAAAACAACUAACGGAGUGAAAUCCAAUAUGCCUUGUGGAAAAAAAAAUUAGCAGUGAAGAAGUCAUUUCACAAAUUGUUAGCACUGAAGAAGUAGUCAUUCCACAAAUUUUCUCCAUAAAAAUAGUGAAUCUUUAAUUUCAUUCAUUGCACAAAAUUUGGUCUAUUUGUUCCGAUAUUAAGUGUCAGGUUUUUAUAAUUUAAUCAUCUUUUCUGCCAUCUCUCCUCUACAAGGAAGUGCUCUCUUGUAUCCAUUCCUAAUCCUUCAUUCUUUAUCUGUGUCAUAAUUGACUCCAAGAUUUAUGAUUUAAUGUUGACUAUUUUAUUUUGUUUUGUUUCUUGAUGCAAAAGUGCUAGGCUUCUUAGUAUCUUACAUUGUGAACCUUUUUGAUUUGUCUGUAACUACAAAUGUGGAGUUCUGUCCUAACAUUACCCUCUUUCACAUCUAGCUCUGUUUUAGGAUAGGGGAGGGGUAGAAAGGUUAGGCUAGGAUUUUUAUUAUUUAACUUUUAUACCACCAAUCUUUUAUGGAACAUAAAAUGAUUAAAUAGUCAUUGUCCUAAUACUCCUUGAUUACGCGGAAACGUACAUCCUACCAUACAAAAACUGACUGUAACCUAUGCUUCUUAUAGUCCAAUUAGUCAUCAUGAUGAUAUGAAUAAUUAAUUAGAAGUACAAACAGUUGAGAAUCAUGAAUUCAUGAUACAUUGACUAGCCUUAAGUAUUUGAUUCAGAGGAUGUACAUUUAUUCCAGGGAGAUAAUAAUAUUAAAUUCCAAAAAAAGAGUUACCAUUAGUAGUUGAUUUAAAAAAAAAAUAAAACCUAUAUAUUUCGGUAUACGACAGUAAAGACAUAAAAGUUAUGACUAACUAGAUCUACAUUGUUAUUUGUUGUUCGGAAAGCUUAAAUUGUCAUCCCACUGAUAAUAUCAUUUUUCAAAGCUGAAGUAUGCAAAAUUUGAUACACCGGCCGUUUCUAGAUUUAGUAUAAUUAUGUUAUAUUCUUAUCUGAAAAUUUAGAAAAUAAAAUAUACAUUAUCACAGUCAAUAGGUGUAUACCAUAUCAAAUAUAUUGUUGGAUUGAAUGGUACAAAGCAAGACUGCCAGAGUCUUAUUCUAUAACUGUAUAGAAAUUUGAAGGGUUUAAUUUCAAAUAAUAUUUAUGGGCUCUGUUACGGCUCACAACCCUUUGAAAAAAAAAAUGAAGUAAGCUUAAUUAGUCAUUUCUUAGAUUACAUUGUUAACUUAAGAAGCGCAAUAAAAUAUGGACUUCUCGACCUGGUCUAAUCAGUGUAUUUCCUAUUUCAAAGCACAAUACAAAUGGAAAGUUUGUGUUAUGCAUUUCAACUGCUAAAGCAGUGUUUCUCAAACACUUAUGCGCCCCCCCCCCCUUCCCUGCUAGCUUCGAUAUAGGGGAGCAUUGUAAGCUCACACAGUGCGGUUCAGGAAGAUUUUACCAAGAAUGCAAUGAAACAUGACACAUAAAUAUAGCAUAAUUUGAGAAACGUUGUAGUAGCGUUUAAUUAUUUAUUCUAAUGAUGUGUUAUUAUUAAUUUAAAAGUUACCUUUUCUUUCAAAUAUCGUCAGCUAUAUGCUAUUUAAAACAAACAAAUUAUUAAGCACUCAAAAAAUUAAGUAACGCAGAUUCGCUUAAUAACUCUUCCAUUAUUAAGCGUCAUAAACCGCUAACCGUACACCUGCCGUGUAAUUUAUUUGCACAGAUAAGAAUAUUUAUGUGUCUGCACUGCUGCACAUAUAGGUUAUAAAUUAAUAGUAAAUAGGGUUGUCGUUCUUUUCACGUAUUUCUGAUGUUGUCACCAAAAUCGUUUGCUCACACGAGUGUUUUCCCCUUUUGGUUAAUGUUCUACUUGCAGUGGAUACAGCAUGUUCCGCUUUGCCCAGGCUAUGAUGGUUUAUUGUGAUGUUGUCAUUGUUUAUGAUAUUAUGUCAUUGUUAUUUGAAAAAUAAAAGGAAAUAUUAUGCUUUA